GCUGACACAUUUUCAAAACAUCUCGCGCUUCUCGGUCUCGCACGUGCGUUCAAAAUCUUCCAUAAAGUGCGAUUGAUUUGUACCGAAUUUCCGGGGAUAAAACGUAAAUUUAGAUUGGAAAAUGACCGCCAAAGUGAAGGUAGCCAAAAAACUUCAAGCAUCCCGCCAGGAGCCGGACACCGACAGUGAUCAGUCCGAGCAUGAUGUCGGGGACGACGACCAGCACAUGUCCGACGAGGAGUUCCCCAUGUCCGAUGACGAUGAACAGACACAAGCCGAUUCCGAUGAGGACAAAGGCCCUUCCAAGUGGGCCCUAACGCUGGCGAAGUACAUUAGGAAAUCCGACGAUGCUCAGAUUCUUUCCAAAGCGGUCAAGGAAGCCGACCUGGAAAAGAAGCGUAAAGAGGCAAAACCUACCUACAAGUUUGAAGUGGUCGGAGAACAGAAGCCAGCUGAAGCGGAAAAGCCGAACGAUGAAAAACCCGGCGAUUUGGAAAUGGCUAAAGAAUUGCUGCGUCAGAAAGCACUGCUCAAAAAGGAACGCCAAAAGGACAUUUUGGGGCUGCGCAUCAAACCCUCGAUAGGGCAGUACGAGAGGGAAAAGGCGCUGAAGAAAAUUGCCACACGGGGUACGGUUCAGCUGUUCAAUGCCGUCCGGCAACAGCAGCGAGACGUCAGCAAAAAGCUCGACGAGGCGGGAAAACUGGAGUACAAACGGGACAAAGUGUUGAAGAAUCUGAGCAAGAAGGAAUUCUUGAACGUGCUCAUGAGUGGGCCCCGGGCCAAGUCGGAACUGGUGGACAAUCUGGUCAAGGAUGAGGAGCUCAAGGGUGAAGUUAAAUCCGAAGAGGAAUCUGACGACGAAGCCGAUGAGCCCAAAUCGACGUGGGGAGCGCUGAGGGCAGAUUUUCUAACGGGAAAGAAAUCUGGCUGGGAUAAGGAAGAAAGCGAUAAGGAUGAGGAUGUUGGUGAUGCCAUGGAUGAUAGUUCGGAUUCGGAUUAAACUAGGUAUAGAAUACA